AUGCCCCUACUACCUCAGCCAAAUACACAUGGGUCAAAAACAUGGACUGAUGUUGUAAAACAAAGUAACAACAAAAUUGUGCUCAAAUUUUAUAAUUCGUCAUCUCUUUCAUCCAUAAUUGAACCUCCCCAAGAGAUUGCUGAAGAAGGGCUAAAAUUUUGGGGAUCACUCCAUUUGGUUGGGAAAUCAUUUCACAAAAGACUUCCAUUUAAGGUUGUUCAAGCUGCAGCAGCCAAGCUCUGGACUUCACAUGGCCCCACACAUACAAUUUUGGGAGAAAACAAUUUAUUUAUCUUCAGAUUCAACUCCUCAUCCCAAGCAGAGAAGGUUCUAUCAUUAGGACCAUGGUCCAUUGCUGGACAUCCCUUCUCCAUGAUGAGAUGGACAAACCAAUCUCACUUGCAGCCUUCAACCAUUGCCAGCAUUCCAACUUGGAUCAAAUUCUACAACAUUUCACUUGAAUAUUGGACAGCUAAUGGCCUCAGCUAUAUUGCCAGUUCAGUGGGAGAACCUCUAUAUGCUGAUCAAGCAACAGCAGAAAGAACAAAACUCAAAUUUGCAAGGCUGUGCGUAAACAUUGACCUCAAAAACCCUAUAUAG